UUAUAUUGAACUAAAUUGAAUUGCUAAAUUGUUUAAAAGCUUAAAUACAGUUUUUUAAAUGGAAACAACCGCGAAGAACAUACCAAAGUAUGGUUUUAAAGUUAGACUUGAUCACGAAUUUCCAGAGAAAUGGUCUCAACGAUUAAGACCCAAAUUCAAGCAAACUAUUCAAAUGUUGCCACUGGCUUGGAGGUAUGCAUUUUACUAUGCUAGUAUAAGUCGAACUGGUCGUCCAGUUGUAAUGGAUUAUCGGAAUAUGCAGAAUGGUCAACAGAUCUACGGCGUACCUAUAGGCGGCCUUGGAGGCGGUACUAUCGGUCGGGGCUUUAGAGGUGAAUUCUGUCGGUAUGCAUUGUUACCCGGCUUGUACAACUAUCACGUUAUUCCUGCUAAUCAAUUUAUCUUGACUGUGAGAGAUGGUAAUGAAAACGCCAUAUACAAUCAGGUCCUGUCGACGAAAACAAAGCCGAAAGUCUUGAAAUCAUGGAAGUGGGGUUUCGACGGAAAAAAAGCCUCUUAUACGGGGUUGUAUCCACGGUCUUGGACGACUUACGAAGUGGAAGAGUGUGGAUUGAGGUUAACAUGCCGUCAAGUUUCACCGGUGUUACCUCACAAUUAUAAGGACAGUUCAUUACCUUGUGCUGUAUUUGCUUGGGAUAUCGUUAAUAGCUCGAAAAAAGAUUUACAAAUAUCUAUCACUUUUUCGUUCCAGAGUGGCUACGGUAAUAAAGAGAAUAGUCAAGGUGACAAAUGGACGGAACUGUUCGACUUGGAUGAUGUCAGUGGCGCUAUGAUUCACCAAGAAUUCCGUAGUAUGCCCUGUACAUACGCGAUAAGCUCGAGAUCGCGGCGAGACAACGACAAGAACGAAGGUAACAUCGACGUCGUAAGCGUGACUCGAAUGCUGAACUUCGAUCCUCGUGGCGAUGGCGCUAUACUUUGGCAGAAGCUCCAGAACGACGGCAAGCUUUACGAACAUAAAGAGCCUAGAGCCUCGAGCAAGUCGAAGAAAUCUAUUGCAACAGCAGUGUGCGCCAAUACUUUAGUAAAGUCUGGUUCCAGUGGAACGUUGGAGUUUUCUGUUGUCUGGGAUAUGCCAAAAAUUCAUUUUCAUAAUAAAAACACGAAUUAUUCGAGGUAUUACACGAAAUACUUCAGUCCCAGCGAUGGAUCGAAGGUCUCGGUCGCUCCGGAAAUCGCUCGUUAUGCGCUGUCUCAUUACGAGAAUUGGGAACAGGAAAUUCAACGCUGGCAGAAGCCAGUUUUGGAGGAUGCCGAUUUGCCGGAUUGGUACAAAAGCGCCCUGUUUAACGAGUUGUAUUUUGUUGCCGACGGCGGUAGCAUUUGGCUUAGGAUCAACGAGACGGACAAACUCCAACCCGAUGAUCCACGGAUAGAAUAUGGACGUUUCGCGUAUCUCGAAGGGCACGAGUAUCGGAUGUAUAACACGUAUGACGUGCACUUUUAUGCAGCAUUUGCUCUCGCACAGCUGUGGCCUAACCUGGAGGCCUGCAUACAGUACGAGUUUCGUGAUAGUGUGCACGCGGAGAACCAGCAGCGACUUCAAACACUUUACGAUGGUGCGAGGAUCCAACGGAAAUUUAAGGAGAGCGUACCACAUGAUAUUGGCGACCCUGGUGAGGAGCCGUUUAACAUGAUCAACGCAUAUCCAAUUCAUGAUGUUUCGCAGUGGCGAGAUCUUGAUUCAAAGUUUAUUUUAAGUUGCUAUAGGAUUUAUUUUUUUAAUAAUAAUCUGAAGCAUUUAAAAGAUUUUUGGCCAACUAUAAAAAAGUUAUUGGAACACUCUAUGACAUUCGACGAAGAUAAUGAUGGUCUUAUAGAGAAUGGCGGCUUUCCAGAUCAAACUUAUGACUGUUGGAUAAUGAAUGGAUCCAGUGCAUACUGUGGUAGCCUAUGGAUUGCCGCUCUUCAAGCUUCCGUAAAAAUGGCUGAACUAUUGAACGAACAAGAAGAUUCUUUUAAAUACAAAGAAAUAUUAGAUCGGGCUAAAAUAGCUUUCCAAGAUAAGCUUUGGAAUGGGAAGUAUUAUAAUUUUGACUGCAGUAAAGGUCUGAAAAGAAAUAGUAUUAUGAGUGAUCAACUUUGUGGACACUGGAUUUUGAGAGCUUGUGGAUUUACUUACGAGGCCUUUCCAGAAGAUCGAGUGAAAUCAUCACUGAAGACCAUAUUUCAAAAUAAUGUCAUGAAGUACAGGAAUGGCCAACAGGGUGCAGUCAACGGAUGUUUACCGACUGGUUCAGUUGAUUACUCCAGCAUACAAAGUGAGGAGAUGUGGACUGGUGUUGCUUAUGGCUUAGCUGCCCUUUUAAUACACGAGGGAAUGAUUGAAGAAGCAUUUCGAACAUCCGAGGGCGUUUACCGAACCAUCUAUGAAAAAAUUGGAAUGGGUUUCGAGACGCCCGAAGCUCUGUAUGAGCAGAAAGUGUACCGGGCCAUUGGUUACAUGCGUCCGCUCUCAAUUUGGGCGAUGCAUCACGCUUGGACGACGAGAAAGAUCAGCUCUGUUGGUACAACUGACGACGCACUAGAUCAAUAAAACCUACCAGAAAUCAACAUAUAUUUAAAAUUAUAGUAUUUGUAUAUUUCAUACUACACAAAAGGCAUUUGAUUCUGGUAAUGGUUGAAUUAUCCUUUUUAAAAUUGAUCUUUUACUAAUUACAAUGG